ACCUCACCUCGACAAACCUCUCGCCGUGUCGCCUCCGACAUGGCGACAAACACUAACGAGACCAGUGACAGUGUUGCUUCUGAGCAAAACCCUUUGCAAACACCCAACCCGCAGCUUGGUUACGACUUUUCCAGCCUUUUACCACAGGAGAAUAUUGACGCCAUUUACUUUGCCGAAUACGGUAUCCAAAAUUUGCCGUGUUCGCAUACAUCGUGUACCGCCGUCGUACUAACAAAUAUUGCCUAGGAGAGACCACAGACGAAGACCGCUACGACUGGAUCUUGCUGUUCUGUGGCCUCCGCCAAGAUAUGAUGAAAAUCCAAGAAGAUAUGCGUAUCAUUGCGGAUGAGGGGGUGGAUAUCAACUCUGCCGCCUCAUACUUCUUUGGUCAAUUCCAUGAGGUCAUGCAGAAGCGUGUUGCAGCUGUCGGACGCGGUGAGCCUAUUGUCGUCAACGGCCACCCGGAUAGGAUUCCGGGACAGAUGAUGAAGAAGUGGGCAGCCGAUAUUGCAGCAGGUAAACCUUCACUUUAUCAUCGCCUCGAGGCUGCGCUUGCCGAAGAGAUCAAGGAACGUCAACCGUCGGAGUUACAUGGCUUCGACCCAAACAUGGCCAAAGCAACUGCGUCAGCCGACACCUUGGAAGCAGAAGACACUGGACUUGGCGAGUCGACGUCUGCUAUCGCCGAUGCGCAGGAAUGAUGUCGUUGAUGUCGCGCAGGAAAUAGGAUAUUUGAUGGUCACGGAGGUAUUUGCUGGGUUCACCGAAAGUUAUGCUUCUCAACGGUAUUCGGGAACACACUAGAAAGAUGAGGGUAGUCAUAGAGCCUUGGACCAAAGCGCAUGUUCUUUGUGGAUUUGAUUAAUAUUGACUUGGCCUGGCAUAACAUCGGAAGCUUCCUCUCACUUCUGCCAGACGCCUCACUGCGACAAGCACACUAAGUCUCACAUGUUCAAAUACGUAUGUGUUGACAAUAAGAUGGUGUGAAGGAACUCACACUCCAUUGUAGAGGAUGCAGUGAAAUGGCUUGGCCACUGUGGGAAAUGUAUACUAUCUAGGCAGCACUAGCGCUGCUUCCCGUUUCGUUAUCAGCACCAACUCUCCGCUGACU